GCGCGGAUCAGGCCUUAAAAGCGAGUUGCGCUCAAAAUAGGUCCCAGUCCUUCUUGUCAAGACGCAGACCUCAGAGGCCCACCCAGGCCAGACCACGCCACCAGUCCCAGACUCCAAGAUGUGUUGGUAGAGGCAGCAGGAGAGACAGGUGUCAACGUCUAGUAUAAAUCCAGCUCAGUUGUAGGAUUCGUGUUCCAGCUGAAAGAUAUGCAUUACCUUUCUAUAUUUCUUGCGUGGGCGGUGGUGGUGGGUGGUACACGGGCGUGGAGCAGCAGCGAGGUGUCUUGUGCAUCAUGUGGCUCUGAAUGCCAGUCAGCCUGUGGCACCCGCAACUUCCGUGCCUGUUGUUUCAACUUCCAGCGCCGCCGGCGGAGCGACUCUCUGGCUCACAGCAGCACCAGCAUGACCGAGGCUGACUACUUAGGGCUACAAGGCCUAUUGAAGCCUGGAGUAAGCUCCACCAGGGACUCUCAUCUCUCACAGGUUCUACGUUCACUCUCCCGCACCCUGGAUGGUUCUGCACCUGAUCCUCUCUUCUAUAAGGACCCUUCGGAGUCUCUAUCCUCCGUCCUGGCUUCGCUGAUGCAGGAGUCCAAUGAGGAGGAGGAGGAGGAGUCUGAUCUAGCAACCUCGCGAGGUGAUACAGAUGGUCAUGUCAACAGUGGUGGAUAUAGUGGCACUUUUGGGGACGACUCUGCACUCUCCCGGCUGGUGGCUCUGGCGCUCCAUCGCCCUCCACCGGCACUUCACCAGCGCCAACAAACUCUCCAUAAACGGUAUUCUUCGUCGCCGACAAACAUAAGAAAAUAAGACCGUCUUUAUGGCUUCUAUGGUAUUAUUUCUACAUAUACAAGGCUCCUCUUACCCCGUCCUGACCUGGUUUGACCUGUCCUGUGCCCCCACUGGAGGCUGCUUCUGCUGAAUGAUUCCUCUACUCUGCUAUGACCUAACCACAGCCAGGUCAUGACCCUUUGUAGCAUAUUACAACCAUCGUUGGUGCUAAGAAUAAUAUAUUUGUAUUAAAACACUUUAUGAGACCGCACAUUAUUAAUGUCUGUGCAGCUAAAAUAACGAACCAUGUAAAGGAGGAAGACCAUAAACUGUCGCGAAUAUAAAUAUGAAAUAAAAGUUUGUUGGAAAUAAGUUUCUUUUUCCUAAGUAGCAAGUAUAAAACUCGGGUGUCUUCGUCAGCACUGUUCUUAUGACUCAGGUAUCUUCGUCAACACUGUUCUUAUGACUCAGGUAUCUUC